CUUCUCCACUGCAAUCGGCCGCCAUUGCUGCCCUCGAGAGUGUGUUCGUCGGUUCCACGCCUACGCAAAGGCGAAUCAGACGACGGUGCCGGCUCCUCGCCCCGCUCGCGACUUCUCCCUUUCCCCCGCUGGUCUCCUCCGCUGCCCGUGCCGUGGAGACCCACCCCGUGCUGUCUCUGGACGGCUCGGAAGUCGUGCGGGCGCUGGCUCGUGCUUCUCCACAUCCUUCGUGCUCUGGAAAUUUAAUGGUCUUCGUGUGCGCGCUUGACGGAUUGGUCGCCGCGGCGAAUUGGGAAGGGUCUCACCUGCGUGUCCAACUCCAUGAUCGCUUCCUCUUCCUUGCAGUCCUGGCUUAAGUGUGGCAGCGAUAAUAAUCUAGCGAGGGUCAUCUCCUUGGAGUUUCGGAGGGGGCGCUCCAAAAGGUUCGGUUCCAAAAUGAGAUUUAGGAAUGCUCUCGGUUCUAGACUCUUUCAGUGGUGUUCGCGUGAGAAUCACACAUCUGUUCGGAAGCUGUUGGAGGUAGAUGGCACGUCGGAGAGAUCAAAGCUCCUUAAGAAAGUGUCUGUUUUGAUGGGUUACAGUAAUGCACAAGAUUUAGUUGAGCAACAAAGAGCCCGUAGAGAAUCUGCUACUGAGUUGAUUAGUGUCUUCAAAGAAAUCGAUUUCCCAGAAAUUUCUGCAAAGUUUCCUUGCAUAAAAAUUGGGGAUGCAUCACCUAUUGAUCUAUAUGAGGAUUCUACUAAUAUGACGUGCAAAGAAACUGUACUUUCUGAAAACCUCACAAACUUCAUCCGAGGCUCAGGUGGAAAUUUGAAGACAGCUUAUGAAUUUCCUAAUGAAUGUCAUCCAUUGAGGCAAACGCCCACAACUGCAGAUGAUGCUUCAAUCACUGAAGAGACCUCUCUCAUGGCACAUCAUAUUUCUCAGGAACCAGCAGUUGAUAAGGAAGCUCGUCCUGAGUCAUUGGCUGAUGCUACAACCUCUGACAAUAGCAUGCUGGAUAAAAGUAUCAGGUGCUUGCCUGGAACAACUAGUAGGCAGUAUCGCCAACUAGAGGAUGGUGGUUUCCAUACGGUCCGCAAAUUAUUGCAGCAUUUUCCUCGGACCUAUGCAGAUCUGCAGAACCCUCAAGGUCCCAUAGAAGAUGGGCAGUACAUUAUGUUAUUUGGUACUGUUAUAUCUUCCAGGGGAAUCAAGGUUAAGUCCACAUUAGGUUUUCUUGAGGUGGUUGUUGGUUGUUCCAUAGUUGAGACCGAAUUAAGCUCUUCAGUUAAGAGUAGUCACUCUGAUGCAGAGCAGAAGACAAUUCAUUUGCACCUCAAGAAAUUUUUCAGUGGCACACGUUUCUCUUCUCAAUAUUUUCUUAACUGUAUGUCAGCAAAGCACAAAGAAGGGGAUCUUGUUUAUGUCAGUGGUAAGGUAAAAAAGGCGCUUGCUAAUGGCCAUUAUGAGUUGAAGGAGUACACUAUUGAUGGGCUUGAAGGAGAGGGGGAACAAAGCAGUAUGCUUGACAGGAGACCACAUCCUAUAUACCCAUCAAAAGCUGGAUUAAAACCAAAUCUGCUUGGUCUCUCUAUCUCUAGGGCCUUGAAGUUGCUGACCCCAGAUGUUGAUCCUAUGCCUCCUGAUGUUCUCGUUGAAUUCAACUUGCCUAAUCUCUUUGAUGCUUACAUGGGAAUUCACAAACCUAAGGAUCGAAAUGAAGCUGAUUUUGCUCGAAGAAGGCUUAUAUUUGAUGAUUUCUUUUACCUCCAGUUGGGAAGACUAUUUCAAAUGCUUGAAGCAGUUGGUACGCGGGUUGAAAAGGAGGAAUUGCUAUAUAAGUGUAAAAAUCAUGAGCUAAAUACUGUUGGUGUAGACGAUUGGUCUCCUCGUACAAAGAAAUUGUUGAAGGCUCUUCCUUAUUCACUUACUCCUAGUCAAUUGAAUGCUGUUAAAGAGAUUAUAUGGGAUCUCAGGAGACCAGUUCCCAUGAACAGACUCUUGCAGGGGGAUGUUGGCUGUGGAAAGACUAUUGUUGCUUUCCUGGCGUGUAUGGAGGUUGUUAGUUCAGGAUUUCAGGCUGCUUUCAUGGUUCCAACGGAGGUACUUGCUGUCCAGCACUAUGAGCACUUGACUUCAUUGCUGAAUAAGUUUGAUGGAGAUGACAAACCAAACAUUGCCUUGCUUACUGGCUCAACUUCCACAAGGGAGUCAAGGAUAAUACGAAAUGGUCUCAAAACUGGAGAUAUAGCCAUGGUCAUUGGAACACACAGCUUAAUUGCUGAUAAAACUGAUUUUUCAGCUUUACGUAUCUCUGUUAUAGAUGAACAGCAGCGCUUUGGAGUUGUACAGAGAGGCAGGUUUAAUAGUAAGCUAUAUACUUCUUCAUCGAAGUUGAGUGAUGAAAAUGCAAGUUCAGAUGAGGCUUCUGAUUCUGAAACAUUUAUGGCUCCCCAUGUUCUUGCGAUGUCAGCUACUCCAAUUCCAAGAACAUUGGCACUCGCUUUAUAUGGUGAUAUGUCUCUUACUCAGAUCAUGGACUUGCCUCCAGGUAGGCAGCCUAUAGAAACCCUUGCUCUUGAAGGCAAUGAUGCAGGGUUCAAAACUGUUUUCCAGAUGAUGAGGGAUGAGCUGAUAGAUGGGGGCAAGGUAUACCUUGUGUAUCCUAUCAUAGAUGAGUCAGAGCAUCUGCCACAACUUCGUGCCGCAACAGCUGAAUUUGAUUCCAUAAAAGAAAAAUUCGAAGGCUAUCCCUGUGGGCUGUUGCAUGGCCGCAUGAGGAGCGAUGAGAAGGAUGAAGCUCUCAGCAGUUUUAGGAGCGGAGAAACACGCAUUCUCCUAUCGACACAAGUGAUUGAGAUUGGGGUCGAUGUUCCUGAUGCUUCCAUGAUGGUUGUCAUGAAUGCCGAGAGAUUUGGAAUUGCUCAGCUGCACCAGCUGCGAGGGAGAGUAGGACGCGGUGAAAGGAAAUCCAGAUGCAUAUUCCUGGCUUCCACUCCAAGCACGCUGCCAAGGCUCAAGGUGCUCGAGAAGUCAGCUGAUGGGUUUUACCUAGCUAACGCAGACCUGCUGUUGCGUGGCCCUGGGAAUCUACUUGGCAAAAAACAGUCUGGCCAUCUUCCAGAGUUUCCAAUUGCUAGAUUGGAGAUCGAUGGUGGUAUUCUUCAAGAGGCACAUCAUGCUGCAUUGAAAGUGUUGGCUGCAAGCAACGAUCUAGCACUGUAUCCACGUCUGAAGGUGGAGCUCAGCAUGAGGCAGCCAUUGUGCAUUCUUGGAGAUUGACCUGUGCAACCGUGAGAGGUGAUUUAAAGAGGAGACAUACUCUAGUGCAGCCUUAGUUUGCAUGUAGAUAUAGUACUGCUCGCAUUGUUGGCAAAGCUGGCAUGCCAUCUGGUGAGCAAAGGCGUGCACUGUGUAUGGUUGGCUAUUGCUAAUGGCAAAAUCAAUGUUUUUCUCUUUGGAAAAUUGCCCCUACUGCUUCCCUAAGGCCGAAAUGUGCAAAUUCCAGUUCCAGUUAGUCCUUGAA